AUGGAUCUUGUUGCUGACGAAGAGCUAUUUGCUAUCGAAACAAUAAGUUCUCAUACUCAAUUUCUAAUGAAUAAAUCUCUAGAAAGAUUUAUUCAUCCAAUGGUCCCAGUUGCAGCUGAAAGGCAUAAUGAAGAUGUUGCUAUGGAUGCUGCUGCAGCUGCAAGACAAUUGGGUAUUCAUGUUCGUGCAGCCCAGCGUUGGGUCAAACAUUAUUACAAAGACCCUGAAAACAUUUUCGAGAAAAAGAAAAAAUCAGGUCGACGUCGUACCCUUGGGGAGGAACAUAAGAAAUUUCUUUUAAAUUACAUUGAUGACAAUCCAUCUGGUGUUGUAACUGAAGUGGUAGAAAAUUUGAAACAAAAUUUUGUAGAUCUCAGUGUUUCUCGUAGUACAGUUUACAAUUUCAUGACAACUCAGCGUAAUCUCUCCCUUAAACAGGCGCAAUUCCAGCCAGUGGAAAGGAGUAGCGAGGAAAAAAAAUCAGUAACGGUACGAUUGGGUCCAAAGUGGCAGCAAACUGACCCGGAAUCAACAAUCUUACGGGGACGACAUUUUCAGGAUGGGGCACUACCUUUUUUUUUGCCGGACUAA